CUGACGCCCUCGAGCCGCCACCAAGCGGAAAACCCGGAGUGGUUUUCCACGCCUCUUGGAACGGAGUCAAAGGGCACCUGGGAGGAGGUAGGCAGCCGCCCAGCCCCGCGCGGUUCGAAGCCGCCGCCAUCAGGGGCGUCCCGGCCGGGCUGGUCAAGCAGUGCGGCGGGACCCGCAAGCUCGCAGGGCCCACCCGAGGGCUCCGUGCCCUCCCCGCGGGGGCUGCGGGCGGAGCGCGCGGGGCGGCUUGGUGCCCUCGGGGCGGCUCCGGGCGGCGGCGGGCGCGGGGCUGCAGUGCGGCGCGCGGCCGGCAGCGGGCAGCAGCGGGCGCGGGAGGCCGCGGUGGCGGUGGCAGCGGCGCUCGGCAGCGGGCGGGCGGCGCCGGCGGUGCCCCGGGCGCGCUCACACACGCGCUCACACACACACAUACACACGGCCUCGUACACACUCACACACGCUCCGGCGCGCACACGCGGCGCGCAGGCCGGAGGGAGGAGGCUCGGCGCGGCUCGGCGGCGGCGGCGGCGGCGUGCUCGGCCGGCGGGCGGGAGGGCUGGCGGGCGGCCCCCGCUCCCCGGCUCCGCGGCUCGGUGCAGCCCGCGCGGCCCCCGCCCUCGGACCCGCCCCCGGGGGUCGCCCGGCCCCAUGCCCUGCAGCGGCGGCGGAGCAGCGCGCGGCCGCGGGCGGCUCUGAGGAGCCCGGAGGGAGCCGGCGACGAGGGGACCAUGUACCGGGACCCGGAGGCGGCCAGCCCAGGGGCACCCACCCGCGAUGUCCUGCUGGUCUCUGCCAUCAUCACCGUCAGCCUUAGCGUCACUGUCGUCCUCUGCGGCCUCUGCCACUGGUGUCAGCGCAAACUGGGCAAACGCUACAAGAACUCCUUGGAGACCGCGGGCACGCCAGACUCAGGGCGUGGGCGCAGUGAGAAGAAGGCCAUCAACGAUCUAGACAGAGACUUUUGGAAUAACAAUGAGAGCACAGUGCAGCAGAAAUGGAGCUCCUAUCCUCCCAAGGAGUUUAUUCUAAACAUUUCACCCUACGCCCCUUAUGGCGACCCACGACUGUCCCUCAAUGGCACCCUCCUGUCGGGCGCCAAGGUGGCCGCCGCGGCGGGGCUGGCGGUGGAGCGGGAAGGCCGGCCGGGGGAGAAGCCAGCACCGGUGCCGCCACCCGGAGAGGACGCCUUGAGAAGCGGCGGGGCUGCCCCCAGCGAGCCGGGCAGCGGUGGCAAGGCGGGGAGAGGCCGCUGGCGGACGGUGCAGAGCCACCUGGCCGCAGGGAAGCUCAACUUGUCCAAUUUCGAGGACUCCACCCUGUCCACGGCCACUACCCUUGAGUCUAUCCCCAGCUCCACGGGAGAGCCGAAAUGCCAGCGACCCCGCACCCUGAUGCGGCAGCAGAGCCUGCAGCAGCCGCUGAGCCAGCACCAGCGGGGCCGGCAGCCCAGCCAGCCCACCACCAGCCAGAGCCUGGGCCAGCUGCAGGCCCACGCGGCCUCGGCGCCGGGCUCCAACCCCCGGGCCUAUGGCCGGGGCCAGGCUCGGCAGGGCACCUCCGCCGGCUCCAAGUACCGGGCGGCCGGCGGCCGCAGCCGCUCCAACCCGGGCAGCUGGGACCACGUGGUGGGGCAGAUUCGAAACCGAGGCUUGGACAUGAAAUCCUUCCUGGAAGGCAGGAUGGUGGUGCUAUCCUUGGUCUUAGGGCUUUCGGAACAGGAUGACUUUGCCAAUAUCCCUGACCUGCAAAACCCAGGAACCCAGCAGAACCAGAACGCUCAGGGGGACAAGAGGUUGCCCGCAGGAGGGAAGGCAGUGAACACAGCCCCAGUGCCGGGCCAGACACCCCAUGAUGAGUCUGACCGCCGGACUGAGCCGCGUUCCUCCGUCUCGGACCUCGUCAACUCCCUCACCAGUGAGAUGCUCAUGCUCUCCCCAGGCUCCGAAGAGGACGAGGCCCACGAGGGCUGCAGCCGGGAGAACCUGGGCCGGAUCCAGUUCAGUGUCGGCUACAACUUCCAGGAGUCCACGCUCACCGUGAAAAUCAUGAAGGCCCAGGAGCUGCCAGCCAAGGACUUCAGCGGCACCAGCGACCCCUUCGUCAAGAUCUACCUGCUGCCAGACAAGAAGCACAAGCUGGAGACCAAGGUGAAGCGGAAGAACCUGAACCCCCACUGGAACGAGACUUUCCUCUUCGAAGGUUUCCCGUACGAGAAGGUGGUGCAGAGGAUCCUCUACCUCCAGGUCCUGGACUAUGACCGGUUCAGCCGCAAUGACCCCAUUGGGGAGGUGUCCAUCCCUCUCAACAAGGUGGACCUGACCCAGAUGCAGACCUUCUGGAAGGAUCUGAAGCCAUGCAGCGAUGGGAGUGGGAGCCGAGGGGAGCUGCUCUUGUCUCUCUGCUACAACCCCUCUGCCAACUCUAUCAUCGUGAACAUCAUCAAAGCCCGGAACCUCAAAGCCAUGGACAUCGGGGGCACCUCAGACCCCUAUGUGAAGGUGUGGCUGAUGUACAAAGACAAGCGGGUGGAGAAGAAGAAGACAGUGACUAUGAAGAGGAACCUGAACCCCAUCUUCAACGAGUCUUUUGCCUUUGAUAUCCCCACGGAGAAGCUGAGGGAGACGACCAUCAUCAUCACUGUCAUGGACAAGGACAAGCUUAGCCGCAACGAUGUUAUUGGCAAGAUCUACCUGUCCUGGAAGAGCGGGCCCGGGGAGGUGAAGCACUGGAAGGACAUGAUCGCCCGUCCACGGCAGCCGGUGGCCCAGUGGCACCAGCUGAAGGCCUAAGUGUGGCCACAGGAGGCCCAGGGGGCCAAGGGCCCGGGUCCCCAUCAUGCCCUCACCACUUUAUGCACAAUGCCCGGCCUGGCCCCCGCCCUAGGUGAGGGGAGGACCCUGAGGGCUUGGCCAGGGAGGGGUCCCAGGAGUCCGUUGGGCCCCGUUUCUAGGAAGUACCAGCCUCAUCCUCCACCGGUCCAGCUCUGGGGGAGGGGCUUUAGGAGCCAUUUUCCUGCUUUGCCCCUUUCCUUCCUGACUUGCUGAUACUAAAGAAGUGGGGGAGAGCGUGAAGGCCAGACAGGCAGAUGGGCAGACCCCUCCAGAGACCCGCCAGGUGGGCACAGUCCCCCGUUUUCUUUAAGGCAGUGCCUGGAGUGGAGAAGAGGUGCCCUCUCCGCAGCUCCCGAUAUGGGCCCCGGGGAAGGAAGGCCAAGGCGUUUGGCCUGGCCUGGCCAGGAGAGGCCCAUCCCAGGGCAGUUUCAGGUGCCGGCUGGGCCCUGAAUGCCGAGGAUAGUAUAUAGCCCGCUCCGGGGUCCUGGAGCCGAAGCCUGUGUACUUGGCGUUGCGUCCACUUUGUGUGUGUGCGUGUCGGGGGGUGGCACUCUUACCCUGUCCCCCUGGGGGCCACCCGUGCAGAGAGGGCAGGCUUUCAUAAAGUGGGGGCAGGAGGCCAAGAGAGGUCAAUGCACAGAGCCAGGGGUGGGCAAGGAGAGGCAGGUGAGGGGUAGGGUGAGAGGUGGGGUGGCGGCAAAGGAGCAGACUCUGGAGCGGGACUGAGAACUUAGCUGCCUCCAUCUCCUGCCCGUCUCGGCUCAGAGCUCUCCCGGAGCUCCUUGCUGAGCGAUUUCAUCACUUGAACAUCAUUUCACACCUUUUAGGCCCCUACUGCGAGUACCACAUUCCACCAGGACUCCCCUCCCUUCCUUCUCAGGGGUCCCACGGCCCCACCAGCUCUCUUCCCCGACACCCUCCCCCAGACACC